AUGGAACGCAAACAAUGGCCUAAUGAAACCCUCCUAGAGCAUAUGUGGUCCCCACCAGCUAAACGGGGGAAGGCACGUACACUCUUCUCAACAACGAAACUGACCAUACACAUAUGGGAUAAGUUCAAGGCACUUCAAACUAAGACUUCCAGAUUCCAUAGACUGGCUCCACUAACCGCCAUGUCCGCAGUGUUACCAUGGCUCCCACUAUCCACAUGGGCGAAAGCGGGCAUCACUAGUGUCUCCCAACUACUCUCUGGUACGGAAAUCACUCCUUUUGCUGAACUCCAACAGAAGUACAGUCUAGCCCCUAGAUACAUAUUCCCUUACCUCCAAAUUAAAAGUGCAUUAUUGGAGCAUGUCGAUAGGACCAUAGAGGGCAAGGCUGGAGAACCAAAUCAGCAAUGCGACCUGCUUAUGACAUGUUGGAAAUACCCCCUUAGGCCUAAAUUGCUCUCAAAGUGCUACAUAGUAUUGGUUUUAACAUUGCUGUGUCUGUAUAGGAGUGGGAGCCUCAUGGGUCAUAUUGUGAAAGUGGUUAUUGGUUUACUGCUAUGCCACUCACACCAACUCUGA